CCUGUGGCGGACUUUGCCAAGAGGCUAGAAUAUGCUGUGGUUAGACAGACCGCUUUUUCCUCUUUUUCCCAGGUGUGUGCCAUAGGUGAUGUUCAUCUGAGGCUCAGCCGUCGGGGAUCACCUAGUGUCGCUCAGUGUCUGCUGGUGCUGGGACUCGCUGCUGGCCUUCUCGCCAUGUCCAACGAAGUAGAAACGAGCACGACCAAUGGUCAGCCUGACCAACAGGCUGCACCAAAAGCACCAUCGAAAAAGGAAAAGAAGAAAGGCACUGAAAAAACAGACGAGUAUCUCUUGGCCAGGUUCAAAGGUGAUGGUGUAAAAUAUAAGGCCAAGCUAAUCGGUAUUGAUGAUGUGCCCGAUGCACGCGGGGACAAAAUGAGCCAAGAUUCUAUGAUGAAACUCAAGGGCAUGGCAGCAGCUGGCCGGUCGCAGGGGCAGCAUAAACAAAGGAUCUGGGUCAACAUUUCCCUAUCUGGGAUAAAAAUAAUUGAUGAGAAAACUGGGGAAAGCAAAGAUAUCCUGUUAGUGGAUCUAAACUCUGAAAUCGACACCAAUCAAAAUUCUUUAAGAGAAAAUCCGUUCUUAACAAAUGGCAUCACCUCCUGCUCUCUUCCUCGACCAAAACCUCAGGCAUCCUUCUUGCCUGAAAAUGCCUUUUCUGCCAAUCUCAACUUCUUUCCCACACCUAAUCCUGAUCCUUUCCGUGAUGAUCCUUUUGCACAGCCAGACCAAUCGACACCCUCUUCGUUUGAUUCUCUCAAACCACCAGAUCAGAAGAAAGAGAAUUUGUGUAGUUUGUCUACUCCACUGAGUAAUGGGUCCCAAAACGGUGACGCUGAUUACUUUGGUCAACAAUUUGACCAGAUCUCUAACCGGACUGGCAAACAGGAAGCUCAGGCAGGCCCGUGGCCCUUUUCAAGUACGCAAAGCCAGCCAGCAGUGAGAACUCAAAAUGGGGUAUCUGAAAGAGAACAGAACGGCUUCCAUAUCAAAUCUUCCCCAAACCCUUUCGUGGGAAACCCUCCCACAGGACUCUGUGUACCGAAUGGCAUAAAGCAGGACUUGGAAAGCCCUGUCCAGUCCUCACCACAUGACUCCAUAGCUAUUAUCCCACCUCCACAAAGUACCAAACCGGGAAGAGGCAGAAGGACUGCUAAGUCUUCGGCAAAUGACUUGCUUGCAUCAGACAUCUUUGCUCCUCCCGUCUCAGAACCUCCAGGCCAGACAUCACCCACAGGACAAUCUGCAGCCCCACAGACCAACCCCUUGGAUCUCUUCAAAACAAGUGUUCCUACCCCAGGGGCACCUCUUGCGAGUCUAGGUGGUGUACCGGUGUCGCCCCCGCAAGCGGGACCGUGGAGCCCACCCAUUGUCUUUAACCAGUCCACGCCCAUGGUCCCGGGAGCCGUGAUGGGCGGCCAACCUGCCGCGUUCAGCCAGCCAGUUGUUUUUGGCACCAGCCCAGCCGUUCAGUGUUGGAGCCAGCCUUCAUCCUUUGUGACCUCAUCUUCUCCCUCAGCCCCUGCAGUCUGGGGUUCUUCUGCGUCUGUGGCACCCAGCUGUUGGCCAGCAGCGAGCUCACUGGGGAACCCUUUCCAGAGCAAUGUCUUUCCCCCACCACCUGCUCUGUCCUCUUCCAUGCUGCCCUCACUCGUGGUCAGUCCUCCUCAGCCACCUCCCAGAACUGCUCCGAAGGACAUCCCCAGCGAUGCCUUCACGGCCUUAGACCCGCUCGGGGAUACGGAAGUCAAGGAAGUGAAAGAAAUGUUUAAGGACUUCCAGUUGCGGCAGCCGCCUGCCGUGCCCUCGAGGAAGGGAGAGCAGCCUUCUUCUGGAACUUCCAGCGCCUUCUCCAGUUACUUCAACAGCAAGGUUGGCAUUCCCCAGGAGAAUGUGGACCAUGAUGAUUUUGAUGCUAAUCAACUGUUGAACAAGAUCAACAAGAUCAGCGAACCACCAAAGCCAGCUCCCAGACAAGGUGCCCUGUCAGUUACCAAAUCGACCAGCAAAGCCUUUGAGAACCCUUUCUCUAAAGAUUCCUUCGGCUCACCGCAACCCUCUAUGGCUUCUCCACCACCUGCAUCUUCUGACGUGUAUAGGGACGCUUUUGGAAAUCCUUUUGCCUAACUCUGAACUUGGAAUGCUGACUGUCCAGAGGAACAAAAAGGUUGGCUUUCGUAGUCAAGGACAAAGCUAAUAGUCAGACACGUCCUGACCACUGUCCUUGUUCCAGCUUUAACAAGUUAUCUGUUGCCUUAUUUCUUAUUGCCUCUCCCACUUGUAAAAUUCCUUUCACUUUCUAAGCUAAAGCUAAGCUGAAUCUAUGGCUUUAAGUAAAUUGAGAUCCUAAACUCUUUAGUUCCAAUGUAAGUGAAGUAGCUUUCCCGCCAAACUCUUAUCUGUCAUAUUCCUGUACCCCCCCAAACACUAUACCUUCUGCCUUCUGGUUGGGCCAUGCAGACACCGCCACUUGUUAACCAUUUUGAGUAAAUGACCAAUUCAUUCUGCUUAAUUUGAGGACUCUGUUUUAGAGCAUAAAAUCUAAAACACAUCUUCUUAAAAGAACGUCCUUCCAACAAUCACUUACAGAAAAUUUUUUGAAUAAAAUGGAAGUCCAACAUCUCCUCAGACACUUUGAAAUCUAAUAUACCUGAGGAUCUUUUUAAAGGUAGUUUCUCCUCUUUCUAAAGAUCAACUUCUCUCACAGCCAAGAUUGUCCUUUUGCUAACUCUCUAGCUGUUACAAAUGAGGGAAAAACAUUAUUCACCUCUUUGCCUUUUCCUUUUGAUUCUCUUUUUAGUCUGUGUUAUUCCUGGGUUCAGAGACCCCCCCCUUCCAGAUUUGUUUGUUUGUUUGUUUGCUUUUUGUUGUUCUUGAU